CUGGAGACCGUGACGUCCAUGCAGGAAGGGGAAACUGAGAAAGUUGUCAAGACGCGUAAAGUUCGGCUGGUGACUUUUUAUUAUAUUUUCUUCCUCUUAGGUGUUUAGUAUGGUCGCUUCGUUGUGGAUUGCUAUCCGUUCACUUUGAUCCUUCGUUAAUUUUUCGAGGAUGGGAUCUUCAGCCAGCCAGUUGUCGAAGGAGCUGCUUUCGGAGUACCAGGAGCUGACAUUUUUAACGAAGCAGGAGAUUCUACUUGCCCACUGUCGCUUCAAAGAGUUACUCCCUAAAGAAAGCAGAAAUACAAUGGACUACCGGGUCCCAAUGGAGAAGAUUUUGACAAUGCCAGAGCUAAAGUCCAAUCCAUUCCGCCAAAGGAUCUGCUAUGUAUUCUCCACUUCAGAAGCUAAAGAUGGCAGCUUGUCUUUUGAAGACUUUCUCGACUUUUUGAGUGUAUUCAGUGACUCUGCCACCCCAGAAAUUAAAUCACAUUAUGCUUUCCGCAUCUUUGAUUUUGAUGACGAUGGAACAUUGGAUCGUAAUGAUCUAGUGAAAUUGGUGAACUGUCUUACUGGAGAUGCCCCAGAAACAAGACUCUCCCAAGAAGAAAUGAACCAACUAAUUGGAAAUAUCCUCGAAGAGUCUGAUAUUGACAAAGAUGGGACGGUGAAUCUUUCAGAGUUCCAGCAUGUAAUUUCAAGAUCACCAGACUUUGUCAGCUCUUUCAAGAUUGUUUUGUGAGAGACGUCCAUCAAUAUCUGCUCUAGUCUGAGUCUGUUUGAUCUGAAGCACAGGUUUGAGACCAUUGUGUUCCUCCAGCAUCGGACGUCGAACAUUACAGCAACUAAUUCUAAAGCUGUCUUUUUAAAGUCAUUUUACCUUUGAAAAUUAUUAUUCAUAAAUUUUAGAAAAAUGAAAUGUAUACAUUUUAUAAUGAAAAAUAAGA